GGUGAUGUCUUCAUGAUGCUGUGGAUCCAGUGCUGCCUCCCACCGGCUCAACAUGACGGAAAAACUGAGUGAUCGCGGAAACACACAACAUUUUUCACUUUAAAUGAUAGUUUAACUAAAUCUGCAGCCCAGACAAUAUACUGAGGAAUGUGUUUUAUCCCGGGUUUAAGGUCUAAUUGGAAGUGGCUCUACAUCAUGACAUAAAAGUGAGUUAUGAUCGCCUUAUGCGCCGCUGGUUUGUGGCUCGACAAGGACACUCUCUGUCAUGUGGUUCGAGGGAAAACCCGUAUUGGAUCUCUGUGGUCACCUGGGCGCACCAACAAAAAAAAAAAAUACUCUUGAGGAGAUGAUUGUCAUUGUGCAUGUGACAGACAAAUACUGAUGGAAGAAGAGUAGUCAGAAAACCAUAUUUUCUGCAAGCUCGAGAGAAAAACCAACGACGCAUUUGAGUUUUUUAAUAAAUCUAUGAAUCCGUGGAAAACCAUGAAAAUCAUUUUUAUCCAUUAAAACUCUUUACGCGCAGUCACGUGGAUGCAAAUUACAAUAAAGGGAAUCAACAAAGACGCGAUUACUGUGCAAAAACGCUCAUUUAUUCGCCCAAUAAAACACACAAACUAGUCCACUCCAUGUCUUAUUAGGCGCAUGUCUGAGCCGCAGCUUUGCGCGGAUAAACAGCAGCUGUGCGCCGCGGAGCAACAAAAAGGAAACCAAGGACAAACCGACUGUCACCAACUAUCAAACUGAAAAAUCUACAACUACCAGCAGGUUUAUCCCAAAAAAAAAAAGCCUGAUUUAACCCCCCGAGUAGGAGAUCGAGCCGCUCGGAGUGCGUGCGUAAAAGCAGCCGGAGUGUUUUUUUGUUUUUGCGCACAGACGCAGACGGAUCCGUCCUGCUCCGCAACGGCCUCCAUUUUAGCUUCUUGCCCGGUCGGUGCCUCACGUGUCCUGGACUGUCUUUCUCACAUGACCCGUGUGUUUGUCCCCGUGAUCAGCGCUUCCAUCUCCGUAAAUCAGUGUCGUUGAAUAUCAGCGUUUUACACCCGCAAAAGCUUCAUGGAUAUGCUGGAGCAGAGUCUGGACAGCUCGGCGAGUCACGACAAACAGGAAACAGAAGAAGUGGUGCAGUUGCAGGAAGGGGAGGCGGUGGGGACGGAGGAGCAGACUGCAGUGACCAUCACUGGCGUCCCGCAGGCUGCGUUCACUGACCACAAUGUCCAGUACCAGUUCCGCACAGAGAACAGCGGAGGACAGGUGACCUAUCGCGUCGUUCAGGUGACAGACGAUCAAAUAGAAGCGACGGCAGAUGGAACCGGAGCCGUCAGCGUCGUCUCCACUGCAGCGUUUGCAGGAACCCCCCAGGCCGUGGCACAGGCCGUCAUCCAGAACCCGUUCAGUAACGGGGGGAGUCCUGCCGGGGAGACGGUGGGAGGAGAGACACGAUUCGCUUAUUUUCCUGCCGCCACCGUCAGCGAUGGAACAGCCACAGCCGUGUCGGUGCAGGCCGCCGCCGAGCCAACCAUCACACAGGCAGGAGGUCAGUUUUACGUGAUGAUGAGUCCGCCUGAGGUGCUGCAGACGACAGCUCCUCGUACCAUCGCUCCACGGACACACACUUACACCGCAGACCUUGGUGAAAGCGAGAUGUUGCAGCAUGGCAGCACAAACUGGAAGGUAGAUGGUCCCCGGGCCCCUAGAGAUGAAAGGCGAAGAGCACAGCACAAUGAAGUGGAAAGGAGGAGAAGAGACAAAAUAAAUAACUGGAUCGUCACACUGUCAAAAAUAAUCCCAGACUGCAGUGUCGACAGUAGAACUGGAGCGAGUAAAGGAGGCAUCCUGUCCAAAGCCUGUGACUACAUCCGAGAGCUGCGUCAGAGUAACCAGCGACUGCAGGAGAGUUACAAAGAGGUGGAGCGAGUGGAAAUGGACAACGAACUACUAAGACAACAAAUUGAAGAGUUGAAGAAUGAUAAUGCACUCCUCCGAGCACAGCUACAGCAGCACGGCGUAGAACUCAAUGGAGAUACAACGCCACAAUGAUUGUGGACUGGACACAUGUUAUAUCACAAACACAAUGUUGCAAACUCCCACCCGCCUGAACGAUACAGGAAACUAAUUGGACCACAAAAAACAAACACACAGGACUCGAGACGAACACUGAAGGACUGCAAACUGACAGCGCCUCCUCCUCUUCCUCCUCUUCCAGUCGUUCAACGUGAAUGCCUUGGAAUCUGUAAACUGUAGCUAACCAAACCUCUCACCUGUGCUUCAAGGAGAACAACCACCACGAACCACCACGCUCACACCAAACGUUCUUUUUACUUUAAAUUAUGAACCUGGCACAGAACAUUUGCUUUUAAUCAUUAUUCUUUUUAAUCUUCUUACCUUUUUGUUGACGUUUGAUGUGUUUGAAACUACUAAAUGUGAAAUGAAUGAUAGCUCCGUUUUGCUUUGUCAUUUAAUUUAUUAGUUUUUAAGGAAUAUCUUUAUGCCUGCAGAAAGGAAAAAAAAAGAGCUGAUUUUUGCAUUUGCUAUAAUUCUAGCAAUUAAGAAAAUCAUGUAAAAUUGAUCAUUUUCCUCAUGAUGGUCCCUGCUACUGUAGUCUAGUUUUACCAUCACUGAUCACACGUACUAGAUGUGAUCUCAGUGCAGUUUUCAAUUCUUCUUCUUAACUCUGACAUUCCUAAUACCAGGCAGCACUCACAAACCUAACGGACACACUUCAGUUAUAGUUUUAUCACAGUCUACUCUUAUAGCACAGGCCUGGGGGGUUUCAUUUUUAGUGCAAGGCCUUAAUAAAAGCCUGUUGGAGAGUGUAGGUGUUAACAUAGCUCAGGUAAUUGGGAUAGUGCACCGCUAGUGGUUCCCAGACUGGAUCUAUAGAGUUUUAAAGAUGAUUUUGCAACAUGUGAAUCACUUUUAUUGGGCAUUAAAUCAUUGUCUGUAUGUAUAUUUGCUUAAUAGGUAACUGGUUUAAUGCACUGAAAUAGAGGCUCAGUCACAUGGGGUCUUAUUUAAGACCGGCUGCUAUUCAGCGCACCCCCCCCCCCCCUCCUUUUUUUUUUUUUUUCAGUAAUCCCUAAUAUUUAAGAUGUUUUGGGAACCAUCGCUGCCAAUUGACGACCAUAGCAUGGUCAGGAAUGUGCAAAGGGGAUUUUGGAUGGAAGUGAUUAUAGUAGUUGAGACUAACCAGCUUUUGUCUACACUGAAAGUCACCACAGCAUGGAAAUAUAACCACUGGCAUGACUAAUUCUGAUACAACAAUAAAACAGAAGUGUUUAUAA